GCAUGCGGUGGGGGCGGGCGCGCCCGGGCGCAUGCCGGGCCGACGCGGGUGCACCGAGCUGCAGUGCGAGAUGGGAGUGCGGCUUCCCAGCCACGGGCCCAAUAUUGCCUGGUGCCCCUCACACCACUCGACAGCUAAGAAAAACACACUUCUCACGAAUCCUCUGCUGCAGCAGCGGCACUGUGCGACGAUGCUCUCGCGCUUCGUCUCCGCCCACGCGGCGAGCCUGAGCGUCAAGAACACGUUCAUCGAGGUCACGGAGUCCGAGGACGCGGUCAGCGAGGGGCUGCGCCGCGUCAGCUCGUGCCCCUCGCUGCACAGCCCGGGCGACGGCUCCAACGAGGCCGCCUGCAGAAGCGAAGGCACGAUCGCAACCAACAAGUCCGACCAGUGAGGCCAAGAAUCUCCAGGACAUUCAGAAUGAAUACAUGAUCAGUGGCUUUCUUCAGCAUGAUGGAGGCCUGUCAGGCGGUGCUUCGACAGCCCCACAUAAUGAAGGGAAGUGGCAUUCAAUGGCAGUGCCAAUGGACAGAUUGCCUUCAGUGGCAGCAGGGCCUUGGUGGAAGACGUCGGCAACCGUACGUGCGCCUCUCGACAGCAAGGCUGCCCUGUUCGUCCCCGGGUUCGUCCCAUCUGCGUUGCGCACUGGGAGCGCUUGCCAGCAGAACUCGCACUCCAUGGAGCAUGGCCUGGGCCUGGGCACCCCACGCUUGUCGGAGAAUCGCGCGGGGGAUACAACAGCGAUGAUGCGCAAUGUGCCCUGCAGCUUCUCGCGCAGAAGUCUGAUCCAGCUCUUGGACAACAAUGGCUUCCGUGGAAAGUAUGAUUUCAUCUACAUGCCCAUGGACUUCAAGAGGGGACUGUGCAUUGGAUAUGCUUUUGUUAAUAUGACCACCCCAGACCACAUGCAAAGCUUCAUUAAAGUCUUUGACGGCUUCAACUUCAGGGCGACGCAGUACAAGUCAUCGAAGGUUUGCGCCGUCUCUCCGUCCAAGACGCAAGGUCUCAGUGCCAAUAUCGAGCGGUAUCAGAACAGCCCCCUGAUGAGCGACGAGGUGCCCGACGGCUACAAGCCCGUUCUCUUCGGUACCAGGGGGCGGAUACCGUUCCCCAAGCCCACGAAGGUGGUGCCGCACAUCCAGCACAGGAGCUAGUCAGGCCCAGCGUGUCGGGUCGGGCCGGGGGGGGGGGGGUCCGAGGACCUCGGCCCCGCAAUCGCUUACCAGGCAGCUAUGAGAGCCGCCGUUAUAAAGAGCACAGGCAGCUGCCAUCAGCGUCGUCAUCAGCGCGUCGCCUACAUAUGCCGCUCCGUGCAGCUAGUGCUCCGCAGCCUGCCCCGAGGGCGGUCGCCCACGAGUGUCUCGGCUCUGGCCACUGCGCCACUGGAUGUACUCCUGGUCCUCCUGGCAGCAUCUGGAGCGAGCCCUUCCCCUGGGCACCGCUGCCGCUGCUGCCUGCAGAGGGCUCUCGCCUCCAUGUAUACUGCAUUGGCAGAUUGCCCCCAUCCGAUGACGAGGGAUGGGAGAGGAGAGCAGUCGUCGAGCACAGCCUUCCGAAUCGGGUCGGGAGCCGCGAUCUGCAUACACUGCAGUCUGCAUGUUGCCAUGGGGCCUCCAUAUUGAAACGCCGCGGCCGCUUAGAAAGAGCCCAUGGGUGGGGGGACGCGUUCAGCGUUUGCAAGUUGCAUUCGCAUGCUGAUUACGUGAUGGUGGGGCGUGCUUGUGUGAGCGCGUUACACAUGUGCAUGUAUUGGUAGGCGCUUGCAGGGCUCCCGUCGGGCAGUCGCUUUUCGUUUGUACAUCGGUCCGCCCGCAGGUCGCUUGCCAGUUCGGUUCAACCUGCGCCAUGGCCCAGCCGCACGUCUGCCGUACGGUGGUAGAUAGCACAUGUGCCAUACGAUUGUGACAAGACGAACUAGACUCUGAGCAUGCUGACAUGAUAGAAGAGAGGAUAGGGCUACAGGGCUCUUCAUCGUGCAACCUCUCCGGCUCGCUUUCUAAAUUGCCGUCUUAGAUUGAGGUUGGCAUGACUCGUGAAGGGCCUGUAAAAAGCUUGGGGGAUUCGGCGCCGAUGAGUUCGCCAUGUUUUGACAUGCCACGCUCCUCGAAUAGGAAAGCCACCAGCUUUCAACGAGCGUCGUACGUCUUAGUUCCAGUAAACCCCAGCUCAGGGCCACCAUGUACGCGGCUCAAUAUGACGAUGUCCUGUCUGUCCUGUGCCUCUCUGCGCUUCUGAGAUCGGAACAUCAGGUCUUCUGAUUGUGAACGAUGAUGGCCUGCAAGCCGUGUCAGACUAAAGCAGUUCAUCGCCGUUACUAUAGUUUAUUUC